CUCGCUCCGCCCUGAAGGACUGCCCACCUCUCAGGGCCGUGCUGCUGGGGCAAGGGCAGCAGAAGGCCACACUGGCAUCCAUGUUCUACGAGAAAUACAGGCAAGCCUGCACUCCCGCAUGAGACCCACCCUUAGGGCUAUGCCCCAGAGGAGGGGACCUGAGAGGUACGGGGUCUGCUCUCACUGCAGUAAGGAGAUGGAGGAGGAGAUCCGUCCCCGCCCGAGGCGUAUGGAAUCCAUCUCCAUCACGCACCAGGACUACUGUGCCAUGGGCUUCCAGUCCACACCCCAGCCCAUCACCCAGCCUCACAACUACUUAACAGAGCAGCCAACCAGCUUCUGGCUGGAGCAAGCCCGUGGACUACCAGGUGUCACUGCCUUCUUCAGCAGAAACAUUCCCUUCAAGAGGAAUGCAGACUUUUCCACUCCCAUUACCAUGUACUUAGGGCAUCCCAAGCCCUUCGACCUCUGUGACCCCUACAACCCCCUGAGCAGCCAGCUCCAGCCCCACAGACAAUAAAAAACAAGGGGACACAGGUGGUCCCAGCAUCCUUGCCCACCCCAA